UAUAAAUAUUAGAUUGACUUAUGGAUGGCGUCGCUUUUAUGUCCGAAGGUUAUUAGGGAGAGGAGUUAUAUAAGUACCAAGUCAGAGUUUGACAAUUGACAGUAGUGAUUAGCGCCGGGAUUCUCAAACCAGCGGUAAUAAGAAGCCGCGUUUGACCUCUUCCAGUGAAAAAGCCAUCAUUCGUCCGCCAUGGAUGGCACCUUCGUUCCCUAACCCAACGAUUCUCCAUCACCCUUACGCUUUGAAUUCUCAAUCCCACUGCCCCUAAAUUCCGGAAAGUUCUUUCCUUGCCUUGCGAAUCUGCUGCCCCUAUUUUCUCACCCUCACAUCCCCAGCGAUCUGAUCUGAUCUGAUCUGCGCCGAGUGUUUCCAUGGCGGAUAUUGUCAAGCAAAUCCUGGCGAAGCCGAUCCAGCUUGCCGACCAGGUGGUCAAAGCCGCUGAAGUGGCAAGCUCCUUCAAGCAGGAGUGCGCCGAGCUCAAGGCUAGGACCGAGAAGCUUGCUGGUCUUCUUCGCCAGGCGGCGCGAGCCAGCUCCGAACUCUACGAGCGCCCUACUCGUCGGAUCAUCGACGACACCGAGCAGGUUCUCGGCAAGGCCCUCUCACUCGUCCUCAAAUGCCGAGCCAACGGCCUCAUGAAGCGCGUCUUCACCAUCAUCCCCGCCGCGGCGUUCCGGAAGAUGCACGCCCAGCUCGAGAACUCCAUCGGCGACGUCUCGUGGCUCCUCCGCGUAUCUGCUCCAGCGGAGGACCGGGACGAUGCCGGGUACUUGGGUCUUCCUCCGAUCGCGGCCAACGAGCCGAUCCUCUGCCUGAUCUGGGAGCAGAUCGCGAUUCUCUACACGGGAUCGCUGGAGGACCGGUCAGACGCAGCCGCGUCGCUGGUUUCGCUGGCGCGUGACAACGACCGCUACGGGAAGCUGAUAAUCGAGGAAGGAGGCGUGGUUCCGCUGCUGAAGCUGCUCAAGGAGGGGAAGCCGGAGGGGCAAGAGAACGCGGCGCGUGCACUUGGGUUGCUGGGUCGUGACCCGGAGAGCGUGGAGCACAUGAUCCACGGCGGCGCGUGUUCUGUACUCGCCAAGGUCCUGAAGGAAGGUCCGAUGAAAGUGCAGGCGGUGGUGGCUUGGGCCACGUCGGAGCUGGUGGCCAAUCACCCCAAGUGUCAGGACAUCUUCGCUCAGCACAACGUCAUUCGUCUUCUUGUCGGCCAUUUGGCCUUCGAGACGGUCCAAGAGCACAGCAAAUACGCCAUUUUCACCAGCAAAGCCACCUCCAUCCACCACGCCGUCGUUCUUGUCAAGGAAAACCCUAAUUCCGCUGCCCCCAAUGUCCUCGAGGAGGAUCAGAGCCUUAUUCCUCACCCUACGGGCAAGCACAUGCCGAAUCAGAUGCACAACGUCGUGGUCAACACCAUGGCCCUUAGGGCCAACCCUGCGAAUAAGACCACCAACGGCGUCAAUCACAACCUCAAUGGUGCUAAACCCACCUACCAUCUUAAUCACCACCUCCACCAGAACUCCAACGCCGCCAAGGCUCGAGAUCUCGAAGACCCGGCGACAAAAUCGCAGAUGAAGGCCAUGGCGGCCAGAGCGCUGUGGAAGCUGGCAAUGGGCAAUUCAGCCAUCUGCAAAAGCAUAACCGAGUCCAGAGCUCUCUUGUGCUUCGCCGUUCUGUUGGAAAAGGGCAGCGAAGAUGUCAGAUACAACUCCGCCAUGGCGUUGAUGGAGAUCACUGCCGUGGCCGAGCAAGACGCCGACCUCAGACGCUCCGCGUUCAAGCCCAAUUCCCCGGCGUGCAAGGCAGUCGUGGAUCAAGUGCUUAAAAUCAUCGAAAAUGCAGAUUUCGACCUGCUCACACCCUGCAUCAAAUCGAUCGGAAACCUGGCCAGAACAUUCAGAGCGACAGAAACGCGGAUGAUUGGGCCUCUGGUGAAGCUUCUGGAUGAUCGAGAGGCCGAAGUCUCGGGGGAAGCAGCCGUAGCGCUAACGAAGUUCGCGGGGACAGGGAAUUACCUGCACAAAGAUCACUCGAGGGCAAUAAUAGAAGCAGGAGGGGUGAAGCAUCUGGUUCAGCUGUCGUACUUCGGGGAGAGCGUGGCCCAGAUUCCGGCAUUGGAGCUUCUGUGUAACAUAGCUUUGAACGUUCCGGACAGCGAACAGCUUGCCAAGGACGAGGUCUUGACUGUGUUGGAGUGGGCGUCGAAGCAGUCCUGGGUGUCUCAGCUCGAGAGACUCGAGACUCUGCUGCUUGAAGCUAAGAGCCGACUGGAGCUCUAUCAGUCCAGAGGCUCCAGAGGUUUCUUUUGAUAUUUUCUUCUUGUGAUUUUGAGAUUGGAACCAUUGAAUCCACACCACAAUCUUGUUGUCUAUUACUUUGUGUAAAGGAAGAACAGAAAAAAAGGUCGGAGCUUUUUUUGGUUACUGUUCCUCGGAUCCCUCUCGUCUAUACCCUUUUUGAUGUC